AUGUCAGUCGAAAAAAAGAUAACAUUUGCAAAGAUCAAUAACGAAUGCCCUUGCCCGGGCAAGAAGGUACAAGAACUGGGCAAGGUAUGUCAGCUGAAAAAAAAGGUAACAUUUGCAAAGAUCAAUAAGGAAUGCCCUUACCCGGGCAAGAAGGUACAAGAACUGGGCAAGGUAGAAGAACCAGAUGGCAGGAGAGUAGAAGAAGCCAGGAAAAUGCACAAGAAAAAAGUACAGAGUGAACAAAGAUGUAAGGAAGUUGCCGAUUGUGCAGUUGAGGCUGCACGAGCUGCAGCUAAUGCAGCAGAAGAAGCAACAGCAGCAGCAGCAACAGCAGCAGCAGCAGCAGCUGCAUUACAGGCUGCAGCGAAAAUUUCUGAACAAGCAGAGAAGGCAGCCAGGUUGGCUGAGUUAAAUGAAAACAGUGUUACUUCUCUAAAACUUUCACAACAAGCAGCAACUACUACAACAUUGUAUUAUUCCACAUCAAAAGGGGCGGAAACAAAGAUCAAGAUCGAAGAAGAAAAAAGAGCUGCAAUCAACAAAACAAAACUACAACUAGCAGAAAACAAAGCUGCAGCAGUCAUUACUGCAGCAGAGGAAGCUGGUGCAAAUGCAUCAGCAACUCUUACUGCAGCAACAGCAGCAGCAGCAGCAGCUGUAUUAGAAGCAGCAAAAUUGGCAGCGAAAUCUGCAGCAAAAGCAGCAGCAACAGCGGAGGAUGCAACAUUAAACAAAACGGUUACAAGUGAGUGCUAA